AGCUCGACUCUUGAUGGUCCGCCGUCUGCCCUGGUCGUCUGCGAAAGAACAUACCGAUAUACUAUUACGUGUUAAAAGAUAAUAAAAGCACUGGGUAGGAAUGCUAGUGUCAAUAAAUUUAUGUGGUUUCUUUCGGAGGCUCUUUCACUUGUCACUUUGGAUAUAAUGGCUGUACUUCUUCUUGUUUAAAUCAUGGAUUAUCAUUGGAUAUAUAUCAACGUAUUCUGAUAAUAAGUUAUAGUGGUAGUGGGAACCGUUAGCUCAAGUUGAGAAACGUCUUCUGCAUGUGAAAGCAGCGUAAUAACAUUAACAAGGGAAAAUAUGUCGCUUCAUCAGCCCGUCGCACCCCCGCGUUCUCGCUCUCGGGUUUCUGGACAUGGCUCGGCAUCGAGAACGAUGUCAGCGAAUGUUCUUCGCCUGCAUGAAUCUUUGACGAAUCUCCUGGACGAGCAGGACAAAACGUACUUCGUUCGUGCACUCAACGAUUACAACUCAAAAAGAAAUGUCUACACCCUUGUGCAGAACCUCAGGAGUAUUCUUAACACCCCCGAGAAGAGACAACUGUUCGUUUUAUUGGGGAAAGUAAUUCCGUCUUCUGAUCAAACACUAUUUUGGCAACAUGUUGAUACGUUGUGCAUGGGUCCUGGUGGGGUAAAAAGACCACCAAGUGUUACUAGCUCUAUAAAUGGAUCAAUGUCAAGACCUGAAUCAAGACUCUACCAGCAAUCCACAAGGACUACAGGAAGGUCAUCUUCCUUGUUACAGAACCAGCAUCAAUCAAAUCUUAACCAAAACUCAGAGACAAGCUUUCAGCAUGAAAACUACCACCAGGACUACCGGGAGAAUAACCAUCCUCAUCAUCACCUUCAACAUCUUCAACCCGGUGGUGAGGAGUUACACGGAAAGGUUGCAAGGAAAACGUCGGGUGCACAGUUUCCUGUGGACCAGAACAGGGACCUGAAGAGAAUAGUUCUGAGGAACUCCGAACAGGAUGGUGUCGGGUUGGGAUUCAGUAUUAGGGGCGGGGCAGAACAUUCUGUGGGGAUCUUUGUUUCUUUGGUUGAACCUAACAGUUUGGCAGAGAAGCGAGGCUUGGUUAAAGGAGAUCAGAUUAUGCAGGUCAACGACAUUCCAUUUGAGAAGGUACUCCACUCUGAUGCUGUAAAGAUAUUGAAGACAGUCAAGAAGCUGGUCCUGUAUGUGAAGAGUGUUGGGCGUGUGCCAGGUUCAUUCUUCUCACAUCAAACCUAUACAUGGGUGAACCCAGAGGGGCGCAGUGUAUCCCCUCCACCAGACAUAGAUCCUCUUGAUGGAAGGAUGAUGAGUGAUACCAAGAAGAGCAGUCUUAACCUCCUCAAAAAUGGCGAUGAAAAGAAGGUUAAUGUUGUAGUGAAUGAAGGCGAGAGUCUAGGUUUGAUGAUCCGUGGAGGAAAAGAGUUUGGUCUUGGUAUCUACAUCACUGGAAUUGAUGCAUACUCUGUCUCAGAACAUGCUGGUCUGAAGGUUGGUGAUCAAAUCCUGGACGUCAACUCUCGGAACUUCCUUGAUAUCGAGCACCAGGAUGCAGUGAACAUACUGAAAUCAUCCAAACUGAUGAUGAUGACUAUCAAGGAUGUCGGCAAGUUACCCUAUGGUCGAACAACAAUUGAUCGAACACAGUGGUUAACCAAGAACGAAGUCAAGAACUCUCCCCCUUCCUCCAGACGGGUAAGCAGAGAUGAACUGGAUGAGACAGACUCCAUCUAUAGUGAUAUCCCAGAGAGGCCUUCGUCUGCUUUCAGUCGGGGCAUUGGAUCUCAAGUAAUGUACAAUAAGAGUAUGGCUGGAGUACAGAACUGGAGCAUGCUGGAAGAUCAAUCUAAGACUCUACUCAGUGAGAAUGAAAGAGGCACUAUGAUGUAUUACCUAGAGGAAUAUCAACACAAUACAAUCACCAUUGAAGGUCUUGUGAUGGCCCUAUUCGAGUUAUUCGAUACUCACGCUAAGUUUUCUCUUCUCUCUGAAAUCCGUGCCUUUGUCUUCCCCCGAGACAUUGACAGGUUUGAUAGUCUUGUCUUAAAGAGAGAGGUUGAGGCAAUGAAGGCCAGACAGCGAGGGUAUUUCAUGAACGAGACAUCUUUUACAGAUACCUUAUCAAACAGCAGUCGCUAUAACUCCUGUAGUUCAAUUGACUCCAGGCCCCUUACUCCUCCCAGAGUUCCGCAGCAUCUUCCACCUAACAUCAGGGUAACCAACGAAACAGAAGAGAGAUAUCAGGGUAUAGACACCAGGCAGAUUAAUGAUGAUACAAAUGGUCUUCCAGAUUUUGCUCUACCUGACUAUGCCAUCGGCUCACCAAGUAGCAAUAACAACAGCACAAUCACCCCCAACAAGAACAAAUCCCACUCCAUCCUCAAGUCCUCUUCUCUGUACGCCCCUACCAAUGGUUUUGACUCUCCGAAUCUCAAGCGUGUGACCGUGGACGUUCACCACCAUAACCAUUUCAACCAAGAACCUUCUACCAGCAGGAGAGGAGUUGAUUUGCUUGGUUUGGAGUCUAUGUAUCAAGGAACAAAGAGUCCCAGUGAAGACAGUGGUGUGGAUGUGAACCUGACAAGCAGUCUUGCUAAUCUUGAAAGAUACAAAAUGUCAAAUACCCAUGGCCACUACCACAAUAUGACCAGUGACACGGAUUUCAGCCCUCGUUCUUCAGAAGAGAGCCCCCGCACCCCGGAUAGCAGUGCAAAACCCUCGCCAAGCAGACAGCAGGAAGAAAAUACAGAGAAAGUUCAGACUAAGGAUGAUAGCAUUGAUCAUCAGAGUGAUAGGUCAGGAAGCAGACAGAGGAAGAUGAGUUUAGAUAGUGUGUCUACCGAGAGCUCUGCAUCAUUGAUUGGAGAACUGAUCAGCAGACAGAACAGUAGCAGUGAGCACGGCAUUCCUCGGAGGAUAAGUGAUCCUACUCAUCACACACCGAAAGACCAGCGACGCAGUGUAGACCAAACCAAGAAAGCUAGUGAAACUCUAUAUGAACUGCGGAAGAACACACCAACAUCUCCUCUGUCGGAGAGAACUUCAUCAAAAGAAACAUCAUCCUACCAGAGGACAUCAUCUCAGAGAGGUGUGGGAGGGAGGCCGCGACCCAACAUGCCUCCUCCUCCUCCGCCUUCUGCAAAGGACGAUUCAACACAUUCUAGUUUAUCCUCGAAUCUUCCACAACCAUCACCAGCUCAAUCAAUUGAGGACAUUCCUUUACCCCCACCUCCUACAGACUUUCUCUCCGCUGCUCCCUUUGACCUACCACCCCCACUGCCUUCUCCUCCUGUCGAUAGAUUCUCGGAUGAGGCACCUGUUCUUCCACCUACCACGCCUCCUCCUCCUCCACCAGAAUUUCAGACAGAGGAUGAAGAUGAGGAUGAAAUUAUCCUACCGGAUCCGUCAUCGUUUCCAUCCACUUCUACCAGUCGUGCUCCAUUGGCCAAUUUGAAUACCUUCAAACCCCAGGGCUCAUCCACCCCAGAUAAGCAUAGUGAAGACCUCAUUGUGAAUACAAGACUAGACAGACCGUCUUACUGUGAAAGAAUCCUUGUGAAGAAAACCGCAUCUAGCCUGGGUUUGGCAGUCGAAGGAGGCGCAGGAACCAGACAGCCAUUGCCAAAGAUCAUCAAAAUCCAGACUGGUGGAUCAGCGUAUCAAAACAGCAACCUAAAGGUUGGACAUGUGAUCAUAAAGGUCUGUGACCGACCUCUUCAUGACCUCUCUCAUUCCCAGUCUACCAGAGUCAUUGCUGAAGCAUUUAAAAACAAGUCAAGCAGCACUAUGGAAUUUCUUGUUGUAGACUCCAAUCGAUUUAAACUUUUGUAUUAGAUUUUUAUACUAUUUAUCAGGCUCCAUGAUGACAUCAAAAACGAGAGAGAGAGAGAGAUUAAUUCCUUUUUUAUUUUCAUAUUUGUCAUGUUAUUUGUUUUUAAAAAAAUGAGCCAACGGAACAAAGAACCCCAUAGCCAAUCAAAUGUGCAAAUUUGUUUCAAAUCUUUCUUUAAAGGAUUGAAUGUACAAUGUAAGGUAGGCCUAUUAUUCUUUUUAAUGAAUUCCAGAAUCUGUUGAAUAUACUGUUUCAUAAUUACAAGUAGGUCCUCACUACGCAUUCAGAUUUUCAAUUUAUGCCAUUUUAUCUUUGGUACAGAUUAGGCAAGUGAUUAGUUUUGAGUAAAUAUUGAAUGAUAUUGUACUAUGCGCAAUGACAUUAUGACUGAAUUUAUUUGUUUAUUUACACCAUGUUAAAGUGUUAUGUUCAGUGUUUGUGUGUAUGCCACUUCAAACACCUGGUGCUAACACUGCAUUUAUCACAUAGUAUAGACUUCAGGGACUUUUUUGAAAUUGCAGUCAAUUUAUAUGAUUUUUUAGUCAAUGAAAUCUACCAUUUGAAGUCAUUUAGAUAAUUAUUUUAUCAAUGGUAUUCAAUGCCAAUUAUUUUUUAUUUGUGAUCAUUUUUUAUAGAUUGAUUUUUGAUAAACUCUGUUGAUUUUUUUUGUAAUGAUACCAGCAAUUUUGAAAAAUAAUAAAUGGCUUUAUUAUCUAAAGAAGUACAAACAUUCUGAUGAUCAAUUGUAGUUCUUUAAUACAUUUUGCCAUGAAUGUGUUAAUUUAUUUGGUAUUCUUUUUCAUAGUUUGGAUGUAAAAAGCUCAACUUGGGUAAGUAUGGGGUGAUUAAGCAUUACGGUUUCUGCAAAAACCUUUUUCACAGUUGUUACUCGAACUGCGUUACAAUUGUCAAUUAUGAUUUAUAGAUAUUUUUUAUGCAUAACUUUAUAUUAACUGACACCAUCCAUCCAUUAUGAGUUUGGAAGAAAAA